GCAGGGUCGUUCGGAAAAAGCUCCCUGAACUUUGAACCAUAUCUGCAAAGUGAGAUAAACAGGAGCCAUAUAAAUACCACAGCCCUUUUCCCCACGCUGUUUUCUUCUGCGGCGGAGCCAGGCAGAGCUGCCAAGAAGGGGGAGGAGGACAGGGUAAAGCCCAGCCAUGUGGGCAGGUCUGGGGCUAGUUCUGGCCCUCUGUGUCCUCCAAGGAGGAGGGACAGAGGUCCAGAAUUGCCAGGAGCCCCCAGAAUGGCGCAUUGGGGAGGAGGACCCAAUGUGGAACUCCAGAGGCUCGGUGACAGUCGUGGCUCUCCUCCAGGCUAGCUGAUCAUUGUGCCUGCGGCAGGCUUCCAGUUUGGAGGACCUGCGAGUAAAGUUAGAGAAUGAAGGAUUGGUCAACAUCUCGUAUGUGGUUGUCAACCAUCAGGGACCUCAGUCCCGGAGAGAGUUUCACCUACUUAAAGAACGUGUUUCAGACUACAUUACUGUCUACCAGCAAGAUGAGCAGCAAGAGGAUGUCUGGACUACUUUAAAUGGAAACAAGGAUGACUUUCUCAUCUAUGACAGAUGCGGCCGUCUAGUGUAUCAUCUGGGUCUUCCCCACUCCUUCCUGCACUUUCACUAUGUGGAAGAAUCUAUUAAGAUUGCAUACUGCGAAAACAAGUGUGGAAACUGCUCUUACAUGGAACCUGAUAUUGAUAUUGUAUGUGAAAACAUCACCAAAAAAGCAGGUGAAGAGCUGUCAGAGACAGAACCCAAGCCAACAGGCCAGCAUCCCCACCCCAGCCUGCACAGACACGGACACCACCACCGCCGCCACCACCACCACCACACGGGCAGCGGUGAUCCCAAACACGGGAACCACCAGGCUGCGUCUGGAGCAGAGAGCCAUCACCCUCACGGCGGCUGGCUUCACAGGCUUUUCGGCCAUCGCAGACACGAUCAGAUAGGUAGUCAGGAGCACAUAGACACUGCCCCUCCAGGAGAAAUUGUGGAAAUUACACAAGAUAAAAAACAACAAAAGAGAGGGAAAAACAGCUGCAAAAACCAGUUAACUUGAAACUGGCAGGCAGGAUCAGACUCAACCUCUAGUAGCUGAUCCUGUCAUUGCCGACACCUUUUGUUUGAAGAGCUAGGGAAUUCUGUCACUUGACAGUGUCGUGGAGCACUACCAAAUUCUUGCAGGUGACAUGGGCAGCUUGCAGCAGAGGACAUCACUGAGUCUUGACAGUGACGUCUGCUCUCUGCUGCCUGACAUUCAGCACCAGCAGGAGCAAGGGAAACUAGUGACACCUGACAGUGACAGGAAAAGGAGAGAAACUGAUCCUGAAAAACAAACUAAGCAUCUUCCAGGAACAAGGGAGUCCCACUAACCCAGUUCAUGUAGUUUCAAGAGCAGAAAAAUGAACAGAUUGUGCUUAUUAGCCCAAAUUCAAAAUUAUACUUACAGGUAAGAGGAGUUAAAAUAUUGCAAAGAAGUGUAUUUUUAGAGCAAUGCUCAUAGAAUACCUGUCAAAUUCCAUCAGUGAAAAACUUCAUGAUUUAAAGGAAUUUGGUUGACCCCUACUUUGUUUUUCAGUUUCACUGGGAAGGUGUCUGCAUUCUUGAUUAAUUUGUCUUUCUUGUUUCUCUUCUAACAUUCUGCUUGCAUUUGUGAGGACAGGAGCAUAAACUAUGAUCUAGGGGUUCCUGUCUGAUGUUUUGCAAUCAAGAACAGAAGACAACCAAGACAGAUAUUUUAAUCAUUUUUUAUUAAGAAGACAAUAUAUUCGAAAGUUGAGGUUUUUGUUUUUUUUCUAACCUGGGGAUACAAAUCAUGUACAAGCAAAACUUACUCCUAAGCAAUGUGACAGAACAACUCCACAUCAAAAGUGUAAUAUACAGACAGUAACUGCUUCAUUUUCAAGUAACAGAUUGAUAUGCUUAAGUCUUGUGGCUCUUAGAUACUGUAAGAGGGUCCAUUAAUACAUACUGCUACAGCCUGUAAAAUCCUACUAAAUCAAUAAGAUCAUCCUGAAGUGAGGAGUAGGUUAACAACUCAGAGUCAGAAUCAAAAAGAGGGUGGGAUGAAACAAGUUUAAUCUUGGUGUAAUGGUGAUCUUUGCUUAUGAAAGUGCUGAAUUUGAUAAAUCUAUAUCAAUUAGACACAUAAUAUAACACUUAAACUUGUAUACCUUCACUGUCUAUAGCCUAGCAUUUGUAAUGUUUGAUUAUUUGAAUGGAAGCAAAUCCAGUUGUUUGAAAGAUUCUUGGACGAAGAAGAGAAUAUUCAUGAAAAGAAAACUGCUAUGAAAGCAUACACCAUAAUUAAUGAUGGUUUAAUAGGAAAAUUGCUACUCCUACAAAACCUGAAUCUUUUUAUAGUGAAUGCUGAUUAGCAAGAGAGUAGCUCUGAAUAUACACAGAAUGCAUGGCUUUGGAAUAUUUGACAAGAGUGUUUUCAAUAAAACAUACUUUCUUCA